CCAGUUAUAUAGGUGAACCUUGGUGGCCAUUUUCUUGUAGCUCAAGUAAAAACUUACAGGAACUCUCCUCUGCAGCAGCUGGUGGAGGGGGUUCGGCUGGAGAGUGUGUACCCAGUGUGGAGAAGAAUCACUCAUUCAGUAGAGUGGGAGUAUCUAGAAGGACACAAGGAUCUGUAGAAGGGCGUUUUGAUGGAGAAGCGGCCGCCCCUCACAUCACCGGAUGGAUCCAGUAACAGAAAUCCCCCAGAGAGACGUCCCCGUCCUCUGUAUUCCCGGGACUCCACACAGGAACAUCAGGAGAUCCCUCGGAAGGAUCAGGGUGAAGAUCUUAUUGAUGUUAAAGUGAAAGAGGAAGCAGAAAAGGGGAACGUGGGAAGUGAUGAGCCGUGUAAAGUGGAGGAAAUCCCUCCAGAGAUCAGCACAGACACGAGAGCCAGUCAAAAAGACAUCAAAAUGGAGGAUGAGGAGGAAGUAAUAAGCGUGAAAAUUGAAGAGGAAGAAAUCCCUAUAGAGAUAAGCACGGACCCCGGAGACACCAGAGCCACUCAGACAAUCGUCAAAGUUGAAGUGAAGGAAGAAAUACACUUAAAGAUUAAAGAAGAGGAGAUACCUAUAGGUAGACCACUCGAUUGGAAUAACCUGGACAAAUGUCCAGUUUUCUGUCCAAAUGGCGAAGCAGAUGGUGAUAACAUUACAGCAGAUUGUCCAGGAGAAGACCCCAUCACCCAAAAUCUCCACAUAGUAAUUUAUGGUGAAGACCCAUCAUCUAAUCCCUCUACACGUGGGGGGACAUUUGCACAUAAUUCCACCCCCAACACCGAUCAAAUAUCUCAGCGAAUGGAUGAAUUUUUCCCACGUUCUGAGUCUGGAGAACUUUUGACCCACAGAGGAGAACCUUCCUCCCAUCGGCAAGGUCAGGGAGUGGAAAAACCAUAUUCAUGUUCCAAAUGUGUGAAAUGCUUUUCUCAAAAACAACAAUUCAUUAGACACUACAGGACUCAUCUCCUGGAGAAGUCAUUUUCUUGUUCAGAAUGUGGCAAAUGUUUCAAAUGGAGGGCCCAACUGACCGUACAUCAGCGGACUCACACAGGGGAAAAGCCUUUUCCUUGCUCUGAAUGUGCAAGAUGUUUCGCUGAUAGGGCUACUCUGGCCAACCACCAGAGGAUACACUCGGGAGAGAAGCCGUUUUCCUGUACAGAAUGUGGAAAAUGCUUUUCGCAGAGGUCAAAUCUCAUUACGCAUGAAAAAGUUCACACCGGAGAAAGACCGUUCUCGUGCUUGGAAUGUGGGAGAGGUUUUACAUCUCGAAUUAAACUCACUAAACAUCAGGGAACCCACACAAAGGAGAAGCCUUUUUCCUGUACAGACUGUGGGAAGUGUUUUCCCUCGAGAGCUAAUCUCAUCUUCCAUCAAAAGACUCAUAAAGUGAAGAGGGCUUUCUCUUGUUCCGAAUGUGGAAAGUGUUUCGGGGAAGCCACAACUCUCGCUAAACAUCAGAAAAGUCAUUUGGGCGAGAAGCCUUGUUCAUGUCCCGAUUGUGGUCGGCACUUUAAGCGAAGAGCACAUCUUAUCUCACAUCAGAGGACUCAUGCUGGCGAGAAGCCAUAUUCUUGUCUCCAGUGUGGCAAAUGUUUUUCGGGAAGGGCCACUCUGGCCAACCAUGAGAGAAUUCACUUGGAAGAGAAGUCGUUUUCCUGCUCUGACUGCGGAAAGGAGUUUAGCCGGAAAGGCCAUCUUCUUUCACAUACGAGGACUCACUCAGGGGAGAAACCUUAUUCGUGUUCAAAAUGCGGGAAAUGUUUUGCAGCAAGGUCCACGUUGGCCAACCAUCAGAGGACUCACUUAGAAGAGAAGCCCUUUUCCUGCUCUGACUGCAGGAAAGGGUUUAUCCGGAGAGGCCAACUUAUUUCACACAUGAGGACUCACACGGGGGAGAAACCUUAUUCCUGUUCAAAAUGUGGGAAGUGUUUUGCAGAAAGGUCAGCUUAUGCCCAUCAUCAGCGAACUCACUCAGGGGAGAAGCCGUAUUCGUGUUCCGAAUGUGGACGAUGCUUUGCCAAGAAAAGCAACCUUAUUGCACAUCAAAGAACCCACACGGGGGUAAAACCGUAUUCCUGUUCGGAAUGUGGGAAGUGUUUUUGCCAGAAAGGGAGCCUUCUGUAUCAUGAAAAGACACACUCGAAGACUUUUUCCUGUUCUGAAUGCGGGAAAUGUUUUUCUGAAAAGUCGAGUCUAAAGGACCAUCUUCUUUCACAUCAGAGUACUCACCCAGGGGAGAAGUCAUAAUUGAAGUUCCUUAUGUGGGAAAUGUUUUGUCAAAAAAUCGGAGAAAAUAAAAAGGUUA